AAAACACCUUUUAAAAGAAAAAAUAUUUGGAUUUGAUAUAAUUUCUAGUAAUUUUGCUGUCGUUUCGGUUUGUACCAAAGACGUGUAGUCAAGAUGAUAAUCCUCGUCUUCUUCCGGUCCGGACCGGAAGCUGCCCUUCGUUGUUUACAUUCUUUGACGGGUCCAGCUGGCUGACUGGCGAACAAAAAUGUUUGCAGUUUAAAUAAAAUGAAGGGUAACAGCUGAUGGUAUUUAUGUAUUUAUAACAGUUUAUCUGUGUGUUUUCUCUGUUCGGGUCAUGGCCUCGGCCCGCUGCUGCUACUCUCUCUGGGUAACGGUGCCGCUCGUCCUGCUGCGGUGGCCCGGGCUGCUGGUCGCGGCUGAGCAGGUCGCUCUGGUGGAGGUUUUCUUGGAGCAGCGGCCCGCUGUCAGCGCUCUGCUGCAGGGGGAGGUGGUGGAGGCCGGCAGGGCCAGCAGCAAGAGCACCGAGGACCGGGACGAGGAGCGAGAAGAGCUGCAGGGAGAGCUGGUCCUGGUUGAGAAUGAGGAGACGCAGGUCAGCGGAGGAAAAGGCGAGGAGGACACCAAAGAGCAGGAGCCGUGGAUCGGGGUGGUGCCUGUGGAGAUGGACGACAGCAAAGCGUCCACCGGGAACCAGGAGUCCUUCGCUGAUACGAUGGUCAACAAAAUGAAGCGAGCGUUGGUCCUCGGAGCUUCUGCCCUGAUCAUUCUGGCUCUCAACCAAAAUACUGUCAGUGAGAUGGAUCUGUCUCAGGUGCUGUCCAAGCCCAUCAUUGUGAUCCAGACGUCUGAAAACGUCACCAAGCUGAUCGGAGCUCUGCUCAGGGGUCUUCAUGCAACGGCAAGAAUCACAUACAAGACGAUCCUGCAGGACAACCUGGGAGCCACGCUCACGCUGUGGUCCAGCUGCGGCCGGUCCAGAGGGGGGCGCUACGGGGAGUGGCAGGGGGUCAUCUGCACGGGAGAGACCAACUCUCAGGUCCAGAAAUACCUGCAGCAGCUGUGGGACACCGUCCUCCUGGUGGCUCUGAUCCUCAGCACCGGAGUCAUCGUUCAGGCUCGCUGGCAUUACCAGGACCGCCAGCUCAACGACAACCUGGAGCUCUUUCCCAAACAGGACGUCCUGAAGAGAAUGUCCUCCCUGAAGACCAAAACGUAUCGUCAGCCCAAACCGUGGUGCGACCCGUCCCAGCCGCUGGAGACGGACAACUGUGCGGUCUGUCUGGAGCCGUUCAACAACAACCAGUGUCUGCGGGUGCUGCCGUGUCUCCAUGAGUACCACAGAGACUGUGUGGACCCCUGGCUGCUGCUGCAUCACACCUGUCCUCUGUGUAAACGCAGCAUCCUCGGCAGCGUCCGCAGAGACAGUUAACGGACGCCUCCGCCGCAGCAGCAGCUCCGGGAUCCAAGUCUCGUCUCUUCCUCAGUGACACUCCAGUAGCCGUCUUUUUCUCCUGACCUCACCGCUUCCUCCUUCCACCAGUGGAUUGUGGGAGCAGAUAUGAACUCAUUGCAGCAGCUGGCCGGCCGCCUGUAGACUGUGGAGCGUGUUGCAGCAAGUCUCACAGACAAACAGUGGUUAGUGUAAACACAAUGCUAUGAAGUACUGUACCGGUACUGUUGUGUGUUAACAGUACUUCUUCCUGGGAUCAUGUUACUGUACAACUGUGGAAAAUGUUUGUUUGUAUGUUUGGUCUUCAGCGGUGAAGAUGUGACGAAAACAUUCAGCUUUUAAUCGGUAAACACUGAGAACCUGAG